GGUGUACCAAACCGCGCUCGAAGUCACGAAUUGAACGAAUCAGUGCAUCCGAAGAUGCUGUGCGCGGCGAUAUCACUUCUCCUCGUCCUUUUCUGUGCCUUCUGCCUCUACGAUUGCCUCAAGCCGCGCAAUUUUCCUCCUGGUCCAAAAUGGCUGCCGCUUGUGGGCUGCUUCCUCGGGUUCCGACGCUUGAGGGCGAAGAAUGGAUACGCUUAUCUAGCAUUUCAGGAACUGACGAGGACCUACGGACCAAUCUUGGGCCUGAAGCUGGGAAACCAAAAGGUGGUCGUGAUCUCGACGCACGACCUGGUGAAGAAAGUUCUCCUACGAGACGAGUUCAACGGCAGACCCGACGGCUUCUUCUUCAGGGUUCGUUCCUUUGGAAAAAGAAAAGGGAUUCUGUUUACCGAGGGCCCGCGAUGGUCUCAAUGUCGCCGUUUCACCAUGCGCCACCUCAGGAUGUUCGGAUUAGGCCAGUCGGUCAUGGAGAAGCAGUUGACCAUCGAGGCAGAGAACCUCGUGAGGUAUCUACGUCGUGCCAGCGCGAAAGCUCCGGUUCCCAUGCACACCGCCUUCGACAUCGCGGUACUGAACUCUCUUUGGUCCAUGUUUGCUGGUCACAGGUUCGACUACGAGAACGAAAAGCUGACGGAGAUGCUGGAAACCGUACACGAUGCCUUCAGAUUGAUGGACACCAUGGGUGGGAUAGUGUCUCAGAUACCAUUCCUCCGCUUCGUCAUACCAGAGUUGUGCGGUUACAAUGAACUAAUGCGAAUCCUGAGGAAGCUUUGGAGCUUCCUGGACGAGGAGAUAAGCGUCCACGAGAAGCGUUUGUCCUCGAACGAGCCUCAGGAUCUCAUCGAGGCCUUCCUCUUGGAGAUCUCCUCCAACGACGGCAAGCGUAGCGAGACAAUUUUUGAUCGAGAGAAUUUACUGGUACUAUGUCUGGACCUGUUUCUGGCUGGCUCGAAGACCACGACCGACACUUUGGCGACCACGUUGCUAUUUCUGUCCCUGCACUCGGAGUGGAUUAAAACGCUUCGAGAUGAGUUGGAUAAUGUCGUGGGUAGAUCAAGGGCCCCUGCUUUGGAAGAUUAUCCGUCGAUGCCGUUGAUGGAAUCGUUCCUUGCAGAGGUGCAGAGAUUUUUGAUCCUGGCACCUCUCGGAGUACCUCACAAGACCAUGGAGGACGUAACUCUCAACGAAUAUCGCAUACCAAAGGAUACAAUCGUCCUUCUGGAUUUUCAUAGCGUUCACAACGACGAAGCGUACUGGGAUCGCCCACACGAGUUUCGACCGCAACGAUUUCUGGACGAAAGUGGCCGAUUCAGUCAGAAAAAUGCGAGCAUGCCUUUCGGUUUAGGCAAGAGACGGUGUCCCGGAGAAAUGCUAGCCCGCAGUUCCUUGUUCUUGUUCUUCGCCUACGUUAUACAUUAUUUCGACAUCGAAAUUUCACCUGACCACGACAAGCCGGACCCGAAUGGUUACGAUGGUUUCACUAUAUCGCCGAAACCGUAUUACUUGAAGCUCGCCACGAGACCCGACAUCGCGAGCCACGUAAACGGAGAUUCGGAAAGUAUCCGGCAAGAAAACAUUUAGCGGCCGGCGUUGGGGCUCCGUAUACAUAAAAGGACCGAAUCGCCACGUGGCGCGACGCUGACGGUACAUUUGGACUUCCGCGAAACGAGACGAUUUCGACGAACACGUGAAACGACGCCUAA